CGAGGCGGCCUGCGCUGUUCCGGCCCCGGCCGACCGUGGGGGAGGGAGGAGCGGCCGCGACCAUGUCGGCGGGCGGCCGCGACGAAGAACGGCGGAAGCUGGCCGACAUCAUACACCAUUGGAACGCCAACCGGCUGGACCUGUUCGAGAUCAGCCAGCCGACCGAGGAUCUGGAGUUUCAUGGAGUCAUGAGAUUUUAUUUUCAAGAUAAAGCUGCUGGAAACUUUGCCACAAAAUGUAUUCGGGUCUCUAGCACGGCAACCACUCAAGAUGUGAUUGAGACACUGGCAGAGAAGUUCCGCCCUGACAUGCGCAUGCUCUCCUCUCCCAAAUACUCCCUCUAUGAAGUGCAUGUCAGUGGAGAAAGAAGAUUGGACAUUGACGAGAAGCCUCUCGUUGUACAGUUGAAUUGGAACAAAGAUGAUCGGGAGGGCAGAUUCGUCCUGAAGAAUGAGAAUGACGCCAUUCCUGCCAAGAAGGCUCAGAGCAAUGGACCCGAAAAGCAGGAGAAAGAAGGUGUUAUUCAGAACUUCAAGAGAACGCUCUCAAAGAAAGAGAAGAAGGAAAAAAAGAAGAGAGAAAAGGAGGCGUUGAGACAAGCUUCUGAUAAGGAAGAAAGGCCUUCUCAAGGCGAUGACAGUGAGAACUCUCGCCUGGCUGCAGAGGUUUACAAAGACAUGCCUGAGACCAGCUUUACUCGAACAAUCUCUAACCCUGAAGUAGUUAUGAAACGGCGGCGGCAGCAAAAGCUGGAAAAGAGAAUGCAAGAGUUCCGGAGCUCGGAUGGGCGGCCCGACUCGGGUGGAACAUUGAGAAUAUAUGCAGACAGUUUAAAACCAAAUAUUCCAUACAAGACAAUCCUGCUGUCGACGACGGAUCCUGCAGACUUCGCUGUAGCCGAGUCUUUGGAGAAGUAUGGACUAGAGAAGGAGAGUCCCAAGGACUACUGCAUCGCCCGGGUUAUGCUUCCUCCUGGAGCCCAGCAUUCUGAUGACAGAGGUGCUAAGGAAGUGAUCCUGGAUGAUGAUGAGUGUCCUUUACAAAUCUUUAGGGAGUGGCCAAGUGACAAAGGGAUUUUAGUCUUUCAGUUGAAGAGGAGACCACCGGACCACAUCCCAAGGAAAGUGAAGAGACACGGCGAGGCGAAGCCGCUGAAAGGGAAGGACAGAGUUGACGGCUCUGGCUACGGCUCUGCCCUUCCUCCUGAGAAGCUGCCCUACUUAGUAGAGCUAAGCCCAGGGAGAAGGAAUCACUUUGCCUACUACAGCUAUCACACUUACGAAGAUGGCUCUGACUCCAGAGACAAGCCGAAGUUAUACCGCCUGCAAUUAAGUGUGACUGAAGUUGGGACAGAGAAGUUUGAGGACAAUUCCAUCCAGUUGUUUGGUCCAGGAAUCCAGCCUCAUCACUGUGAUGUCACCAACAUGGAUGGAGUGGUCACUGUGACACCCAGAAGUAUGGAUGCCGAGACCUACGUGGAUGGCCAGCGCAUCUCGGAGACCACGAUGCUGCAGAGUGGCAUGAAAGUUCAGUUUGGCUCCUCACAUGUGUUUAAGUUUGUGGACCCCAUCCAGGACCACGUUCUCUCUAAGAGGUCGGUGGAUGGAGGCCUGAUGGUCAAGGGCCCAAGACAGAAACCCGGAGCCGUCCAGGAGACAACUUUUGAUUUGGGAGGAGAUAUUCACAGUGGGACAGCAUUGCCAGCAAGCAGGAGUGCUACUCGACUGGACAGUGACAGGGUGCCCUCUGCCUCCAGCACAGCUGAGCGAGGGAUGGUGAAGCCAAUGAUCCGACUCGACCAGGAGCAGGAUUACCGCCGAAGAGAAAGCAGAACUCAGGAUGCUCCUGGGCCUGAGCUAAUACUGCCUGCAAGUAUUGAAUUCAGGGAGAGUUCUGAAGAUUCUUUUUUAUCUGCCAUUAUAAACUAUACCAAUAGCUCUACAGUUCAUUUUAAGUUGUCACCUACAUAUGUGCUCUACAUGGCUUGCCGGUAUGUAUUGUCCGGCCAGCACAGGCCCGACCUCAGCCCCGCAGAGCGCACGCACAAGGCCAUCGCUGUCGUCAACAAGAUGGUGAGCAUGAUGGAAGGUGUCAUCCAGGAAGUAGACCAGGUUGAUCAGAAACAAAAGAACAUUGCAGGGGCGCUUGCUUUCUGGAUGGCAAAUGCAUCUGAACUCCUCAACUUCAUCAAGCAGGACCGUGACCUUAGUCGGAUCACACUAGAUGCCCAGGACGUUUUAGCACACUUGGUUCAGAUGGCAUUUAAGUACUUGGUUCACUGUCUUCAGUCAGAACUUAAUAACUACAUGCCAGCCUUUCUGGAUGAUCCUGAGGAGAACAAUCUGCAAAGACCAAAAAUAGACGACGUGCUGCACACGCUCACAGGAGCCAUGUCCUUGCUGCGGCGCUGCAGGGUCAAUGCUGCCCUGACCAUCCAGCUCUUCUCUCAGCUCUUUCACUUCAUCAACAUGUGGCUGUUCAACAGACUGGUGACCGACCCCGACUCAGGCCUCUGCUCCCACUACUGGGGAGCCAUUAUCCGCCAGCAGCUGGGCCAUAUUGAAGCCUGGGCAGAGAAGCAGGGGCUGGAGCUGGCAGCUGACUGCCACCUGAGCAGGAUUGUGCAGGCUACUACUUUGCUUACGAUGGAUAAGUAUGCACCGGAUGACAUUCCAAACAUAAACAGCACAUGCUUUAAGUUAAAUUCUCUGCAACUUCAAGCCUUAUUACAAAAUUACCACUGUGCACCCGAUGAGCCUUUUAUUCCUACGGAUCUCAUAGAAAAUGUCGUGGCUGUUGCUGAGAACACCGCUGAUGAGCUUGCACGCAGUGACGGCAGGGAUGUGCAGUUGGAGGAGGAUCCUGACCUGCAGCUGCCUUUUCUUUUGCCAGAAGACGGCUAUUCCUGUGAUGUCGUCAGAAACAUUCCAAAUGGGUUGCAAGAAUUUUUGGACCCUCUGUGCCAGAGAGGGUUUUGCAGAUUGGUUCCUCAUACACGCUCACCAGGUACCUGGACGAUAUAUUUUGAGGGUGCAGAUUAUGAAAGUCACCUUAUGCGUGAGAACACAGAACUGGCCCAGCCUCUGAGGAAGGAACCUGAAAUAAUCACUGUCACCUUAAAAAAGCAGAAUGGAAUGGGCCUCAGCAUUGUUGCAGCAAAGGGUGCUGGCCAGGAUAAACUGGGAAUCUACGUUAAGUCUGUUGUCAAAGGAGGUGCUGCAGAUGUGGAUGGACGUCUAGCUGCUGGUGACCAGCUCCUCAGUGUGGAUGGACGAAGUUUGGUUGGGCUUUCUCAGGAAAGGGCAGCAGAACUCAUGACAAGAACCAGUUCUGUGGUUACACUUGAAGUUGCAAAGCAAGGUGCCAUCUAUCACGGACUGGCCACCCUCCUCAAUCAGCCGUCCCCCAUGAUGCAGAGACUUUCAGAUCGCCGUGGCUCAGGUAAACCUAGACCAAAGAGUGAAGGCUUUGAGCUCUAUAAUAAUUCAGCUCAAAAUGGCUCCCCAGAGAGUCCUCAGCUGCCGUGGACAGAGUACAGUGAGCCAAAGAAACUGCCUGGUGACGACAGACUGAUGAAAAACAGAGCCGAUCACCGUUCCAGCCCCAAUGUGGCAAAUCAGCCCCCCAGCCCCGGAGGGAAGAGUCCAUAUGCCUCUGGGACAGCCGCCAAGAUAACAUCUGUCUCCACAGGAAACCUCUGCACUGAGGAGCAGUCACCUCCACCUAGACCUGAAGCCUAUCCUAUCCCGACUCAGACGUACACCCGAGAGUAUUUUACCUUUCCAGCUUCAAAAUCCCAGGAUCGGAUGGCUCCUUCUCAGAACCAGUGGCCAAAUUAUGAGGAAAAACCACAUAUGCACACAGAAAGUAAUCACUCCAGUGUUGCAAUCCAGCGCAUUACCCGUUCCCAGGAAGAGCUUCGGGAAGAGACGGUUUACCAGCUUGAGCGGCAUCGAGUAGAGGCUGGCAUGGAUCGCAAGUGUGACAGUGACAUGUGGAUCAAUCAGAGCUCCUCAGUGGAGUCCAGCACAUCCAGCCAGGAGCACCUGAACCAUUCCUCCAAGUCAGUCACUCCUGCUUCCACUCUGACCAAAAGUGGGCCUGGCCGCUGGAAAACCCCUGCAGCGGUACUGCCCAACCCCGUGGCAGUCUCCCAGCCCAUUCGAACAGACCUACCUCCACCACCCCCUCCACCUCCUGUCCACUACACCAGUGAUUUUGAUGGCAUUCCAAUGGAUUUGCCCCUCCCUCCCCCUCCUGCCAGCCAGGCAGGACCCCAGUCUGCUCAGGUGGCCGCUGCGGAGCGGAAGAAGCGAGAGGAGCAUCAGCGGUGGUAUGAGAAGGAGAAGGCGCGCCUGGAGGAGGAGCGCGAGAGGAAGCGCAGGGAGCAGGAGCGGAAGCUGGGCCAGAUGCGGACUCAGUCCUUGAACACUGCUUCCUUCUCUCCUUUGGCCACACAGGCCAAGCCGGAAAAGCCUUCCACGCUGCAGAGGCCCCAAGACACAGUCAUUAGGGAGCUACAGCCCCAGCAGCAGCCCCGCACCAUAGAGCGCAGGGACCUGCAGUACAUCACCAUCAGUAAGGAAGAGCUGUCCUCUGGUGACAGCCUCUCUCCAGAUCCCUGGAAACGGGAUGCCAGGGAGAAGCUGGAGAAGCAGCAGCAAAUGCACAUUGUGGACAUGCUGAGCAAGGAGAUCCACGACCUGCAGAGCAAGGCGGACCGCACCGCAGAGGAGAGCGACCGCCUGCGCAAGCUCAUGCUGGAGUGGCAGUUCCAGAAGAGACUGCAGGAGUCCAAGCAGAAGGACGAGGAUGACGAGGAAGAGGAAGAUGACGACGUGGAUACCAUGCUGAUCAUGCAGCGCCUGGAGGCUGAGCGGAGAGCCAGGUUGCAGGAUGAGGAACGCAGACGCCAGCAGCAGUUGGAAGAAAUGCGCAAACGAGAAGCAGAGGAUCGUGUAAGGCAAGAGGAAGACCGGCGCCAUCAGGAGGAGGAGCGAGUAAAGAGAGAUGCUGAAGAAAAGAGGCGACAGGAAGAAGGGUAUUACAGCCGCCUAGAAGCUGAGAGGCGCAGACAGCAUGAGGAGGCAGCACGCAGGUUGCUGGAGCCUGAAGAGCCUGGGCUGAGCCGACCUCCACUUCCACGGGACUACGAGCCCCCAUCCCCAUCCCCAGCGCCCAGCGCCCCUCCUCCCCCACCUCAGCGAAACGCCUCCUACCUCAAAACACAGGCCCUCUCCCCAGACUCGCUGUUCACUGCCAAGUUUGUUGCGUAUGAUGAGGAGGAGGAGGAGGACUGCGGCCUAGCAGGACCACACCCCUACGUGGGCUCUACGGGGACAGCCGCUGGAGCCCAGGAUGCUUCUAGGGACCCAAGAGAGAAGCGCGCAGGAAGCCAAGAUGCAGACUUAGCUGGCAGUUCUGGAGGACCUGAAAACCUGACAUUUAAGGAGCGCCAGCGCCUCUUCUCACAGGGUCAAGAUGUGUCUGACAAAGUAAAAGCUUCUCGUAAAUUGACAGAACUUGAGAAUGAACUGAACACCAAGUGAGAAGAGAAAGGGGACCUCGUGCUCACGCGGUCUGCCCUUGGCGGGGGUUCUGUGGGGUGGGCGAGCCUGAAGAGGAGGGAACAAUUCUACUUCUAAGUGAUUUCUAAUUUCUGCUUCUAAAAUGGUUGCAAUUUAGAGAUGUUCCAAUUCUAAGAAAUCUUGUUUUACUUUACCAAGAAAAUCCUGCCUAGUUCUUAGUGGUCUGACUCAACGUGAGCUCAUCUUUUCUGUUAGCGUCUUUUGGGAGUCCUGCACUCACGGGACAGAGUGAAGGGUUGUAAAGACCGAGGCGCAUGUCCUCCACCCUACCGUCUCCCGUCCCCAUUCCAAGGACAGUAGGCCAAGAAGUCAUCUUUCUGCACAUUCUCAAGAUUGCGUCUGCCGACCACACAGUGACAGCUGAGCAACCCAGACCAUCACUGUGUCCGGGUGGGCCCUGUCUGCAGGAGACAGGGUCACAGCCUGGAGCCACCUCCUCCCAAGCUCCAGGGCAAGUGCCCCAUUGCGCCCGUCUGUAAUGUGCCUGAGGUGGCUGGAUGGAUGCAGCACAUCAUUCCUGACAGAUGUGAGCCUCCUGAUCAGUUUGAAAUGUUUUAGAUUGAAUAUCUAAUAGUUCAUUUUUGAAAAUUCUCAAGAAAAUCUUCAGGAUUUAAUCCUAGAGAUUUUAUUUUUAUAAAUACCAAAUGAUCAUUAGACUAAUCAUUGGUGGAAAUUAAACACGAUGGUUAUGUUAGAAAGUCAGCUAAUACUUCAGAUAUUCCCAGGGAUCAAGAGCUCUCCAACCAAACAGCAUCUAUGUAGGUAGGAGCAAAGAUGUCUGAGGAGAAGGGGCUCACAGGUGGCAGUCAAACAUAGCUAUCUCAGAAAUUUAACAUUUAGUGAAGAAAAAGAUUUAGAUGCACAGUCAGAAAAGGAAGGAAUCCAUUGCCGUGCCACCUGGGACUUAAACACUGUAAUGAUUUGUGGCAGUUCAAUCUGUGUUUCUUUCACAGGACAAUGGAGUUAUUUUUAUUUUAAUUCGUGAAUUUUGCCCGGUCUUUCCUCAAGCUGAGCUGUGGGAGACAGACCUCAGUUUGGUUAUUUUGUGUGAAAGCUGACUUUACGAUUUCAAGCACACUUCCUAUUUGACAGUGCUCUGGUGUAUGCCCAGAUGACCUUUCUGUACCAUACUAUCCUCUCACAGAUCUGUAUGUCAGGAAAAGAGGCACACUUUCAAAUAGAGCAGAGGCAUUUGCAGCCCUAAAAAAAAAACACUUUUCAUAAGAGCUGUAUUAAAUUGUUGAAAUACACGUGUAAAUAUUUUUUAUGUCUGUCAAGCUUCCUAUUGGAAAGUGUG